CCUCCCGUGUCGUGGACGCGCACACUUAGCAGCUCAAUAUUCGAGAAAUACAGCCAGCCUGGCUUUGCAUCAUCCAACUGAUACCACAUCAGCGUCUCAUAUACAUCCAACGCGUUUCUUUCUCAUCGGCACAUUGAUGCAUUUUCCUACACGUUCACCCUAGCGGUCGAGCGGUUGGAUUUUGCUCGUAUUUCCCACCCGUGCGUGUCCCGAGGCUGAUCCACGCUAUAAGAUGGCUGAGCUAAAUUUGGGGAAGGGGUUGACUGCGGGAAAAGUGGCCAGCAACGUUCAGAAGAAGCUAACCAGAGCUCAAGAGAAGGUUUUACAGAAACUUGGAAAAGCAGAUGAAACCAAAGAUGUUGCUUUUGAAGAGGGAGUCAUAAACUUCAACAAGCAAUAUGCUGAAGGGAGCAAACUCCAGCGGGACCUCAGAGCAUACCUGGAGGCUGUGAAAGCCAUGCAUGAGUCCUCGAAGAACGUACAAGCAUGCUUGGCUGACAUGUAUGAGCCCGACUGGUAUGGCAAGAAUGAAGUUGAUUCCAUCGUGGAGGAUUGCGAUGUGCUUUGGACUGACUACCAUCAGAAGUUGGUUGAUCAUGCUCUCAUUUCCAUGGAUACCUAUUUGGGACAGUUUCCUGAUAUUAAAGCUCGUAUUGCCAAGAGGGACAGAAAAUUGGUUGAUUAUGACAGUGCCAGACACAACUACGCUACCACACAUAAGACUAAGAAAAAAGAUGGUGGCAUUAAAAUCACCAAGCCGUCAUCUCUGUUGGAGAGGGCAACCCCUGGCUGGGCUCAAGGGAUUCUGUCCGCACACAAUGUUGCACAGAGUAGCUUGUCUAGAAGCCAGGCCGAGGAAGAGUUGGAGCGAGCCCAGAAGGUGUUUGAGGAGAUCAAUAUCGACUUACAGGAGGAGUUACCUUCGCUCUGGAACAGUCGUGUUGGGUUUUACGUCAGCACCUUCCAGAGUUUGGCUGGUUUUGAGGAAAAGUUUCACAAGGAAAUUAGUCGAUUGGAUCAGGAUUUAUAUGAUGUCUUGGUGAAGCUCGAACAGACAGACACAAGCAGAAAGACAGGUAACCGCAGCGCCUUAUCGUCAGGAGCAAACAGGAGUGGAAACGAUGAGCCCAACCAUACUCUCAAGCCAGGAGGACCGCCGCCAAUUCCAAAAUCCCCAUCCAAGCUCAAACCAGCAGUGCCUCCCCCACCCAAGGUGACCCCAUCCAAAGAGAUGAAAGCAGAAAAUAUCAUCAGCCUGUUUGAUUCUGCAGCAACUCCUGAUAUUAGUGUCACCUCCCCUACAGAGCCAGCAAACUGGGACUCCUGGCCAGAGGAUGGUGAUGCCCAAGAAGAGCCCACCAAGAUGCCCUAUGACCCUGUGGCGGCUGCUGCCGAAGCCUGGGGUGAUGAUGAUACGCCGCCUGCCCGCUAUGACCCAAUAGCCGCAGCCACAGAGGGCUGGGGGGACGACGGCACCCAGGCGGUUCACUAUAACGCCAACGAAAGCUGGGGUGAUGAUGGAACACAGCCUGCAUACGAGGAACCCGAGGCUGAAGCCCAGGAGACUCCGGUCGAGAACGAGAACCAGGUGGACGAGAACGCCGCAAGUCCUACCGAGGCUUCGGUUGAUGCAUGUGAAGAAGAAGCUCCUCCUUCUGCAACUAAUGAAGAGGAUCAGGGUGAGUCUGAAACAACUCCGGAAGCAGCUCCUGAAGCAGAAGGAAUGGAAGCAGCAGAGGAAACAACAACAGAUAAUACACCUGCAGAAAAUGAAGAACCCACAGCAACAAAGCCAGAGUCACCUGACAUGCCCCCUGGCUUCCUGUUUAAAGUCCAGGUGAUGCAUGAUUAUGCUGCAAACGACACGGACGAACUUGAAAUGAAAGCAGGGGACGUGGUGCUAGUAAUAACCUUUGAAAACCCAGAUGAGCAGGAUGAUGGCUGGCUGAUGGGAAUAAAUGAAAACGACUGGAAGCAGAAAAAAGAAAACAGCACCAAAGGAGUAUUCCCUGAAAACUUCACCCAGAGGCUGUGAAAAUUUUAUCAUCACGCCAAGUUAUUUCCUUCAUCCCUUUUCCUCUAUCGUCGCACUCCAUGUCCUAUUCUUGCCCUGUCUCUCUACUCGGACUUUGCCCGUAGAUGUAGAGCUGAAAUUGCAGUUCCACUACUGAGGAAUUGGAUUUCCUGCAAAAGAGGUUAUAAAAAAAAAAAAAAAAAAAGACAGCCGUUCCAAGUGGCCAAAUGUUAGUCUUAUUGUAAAAUAGUUGACUGGGCUGACCAGUGAAUCCUGACCUCAUGCAGGACAAUGCAGUUGCGCCUCCUUCUGUAACGGCUUACUGUGACUAAAUCGUUACAUUUCCAUACAAAUCAUCAAUCACAGAGUUUAUGAGAUUUUUUUUUGUUUUUGUUUUUGUUUCAUGUAGCAAGUUAUUUUUUUAAAUAUUCAGGGAGGGGAAGAUGUUAAGUUCAGGUGUCACGGAGUUCAAUAUGAGUGGUUGAUUAAUCAGACAUUAACUCACUCACUGCCUUUGGCAGUGAUAGACAUCAAAUCUAUCUGGGAUCUAUUGGGGUGGCUGGCAUCGAAUGAUCAUGUUUCAGUGCUAUCUGACAAUGAUAGAAUCCAAUCCAUCUAUCGCUGUCAAUGGCACUGAAACAUUGUUAUUUACUGCUGGAGGGCAAUGAGUUAAAAACGGACCCCGAAAGUGAACUUUAAACAUUUCACUCAAAAAAUGAAAUAUAAUCUUGAUACAACGUCCGAACCAUGGAUUUGGAUCAAGCCAGUUGUAGCGACGUGGGGAUCAGUGUUGUUUUUGGUAGCUCUUUUAAUUUUUGUUUUUGUCUUUUGGACGAAAAUACUUCUUGGUCAUACUUUCAUUUAUUAAUUUCAAAGUGUUUUCGUCUUUGUCUAGUUUUAGUCGACAAAAUCUCAUACCAAUUUCUUCUAGUUUUAGUCGACAAUUCCUCAAAAUGUUUUCGUCUGUAAAAUUAAAAAUUUUCGUCCAAAACUAAAUAAAGGUUUCCAACAACUUCAUAUGAACAUAAACAGACGAGCACAUAUUGUAGCAUCUACAUGGACAAUGCCAACUAUGUGUUGAUCAUCCACACUCAACAGGAUAAGCAAUACAUUAUUGUCAAUUAAGCCUACCUAUAAGCCACGAACUAUAUGUGAAAAAAAGUUGUCCGAACGUUUAACUUCCUCUAGACCAGGGGUAGCCAACUCGAGGGCCUCUAUCCAGGUUGUUUUCCAUGUCUCCCUCCUUUAAACACCUGAAUCAAAUGAUCAGCUCAUCAGUAAGCUCUGCAGCAGCCUGAUAACAAUCCUGAUUAUUUGAGUCAGGUGUAUUGGAGGAGGGAGACCUGGAAAACAAGCUGGAUAGGGGCCCUCGAGGACCGAUGCUGGCUACCCUUGCUCUAGACUUACUGACCAGAAAAGCCAAGGGGCUUUGCUUUAGACUGGCCGGUAUUUUAAGAGGAUGCUUGCCAUUCUGAAGCAACAUUGCAUAUUCUCUCUUGCCAAGAUAAGAAAACAAAUCUUACCAUUAUUCCAAACAAGCAAUGGAGUGCAGCCUAGCUUGAGACACAUCCUCCAGUGAGGAGGUGGAGGCACAUCACAUCUCACAUGAGUGACACAACGAAAGGUGGAGUUUGACUUUUGUGGCAGGGGGAGCAAAACAUGUUGAUGACCCCAAAACGCAGUGUCAGCAAGAAAAUUUACUUACACUAUAAAUGCUCGGUUUGUAGCCCAUGAUCGUAAAUACAAGCAUCCCAGCUGGUGGUGGUUCUGUUGUACAAUUAACAUCUUUAGUGGGGCAAAUUGAAACUCCGCUCACCUUUUUGGCGGUGCUCUUCGGCGUUUCAUGGUCCAUAUUUUCAAACCUUGGUUCUUGCUCAGUAGUUGUUGUCGCUUUUGAAACCUUAGGUUUGAAAAAAUUACGUAUAUCCAUCUUGCGUCCUCUGUUCUCCGGUGGUUUUGGCUAAGCAAAGCAAAUGACCUUCUAAGGUGCUAGUCACAAGAUCUGUUCGAAAAACAAUUUUGACCCAUUAUAAAAAUAUUUUUUUUGUUCAUUUCACUUAUUUUUGUUGUUUGUUUUAUUGCUUUACAAAUUUUAUAGACAACAUUUUACCGGCAAAGUCUUAAUUUUAAAUUCAUAUGUAGAGAAACGUCAAUUACAUGCAAUGACACUUUUUGGCCACCCGCCCCCCUUAAUCUCCGCGUAUGGACACGACCCAAACACUACUGUGAUGCAAGCUGACGUACAAUAUUAAAAUUUCACGCAUUGUGACCAUAUGAUGGAAAUGAUGUCACAUUUUCGUGUCGUAGUCUUCUCAUCUGACAAAAACUGGCAAUAGAGUCGUUAUGUUCUAGUCACAUUUUCUGCU